AUGCAGCUAGUUCCUUGGCCAGCGCAAUGCCAUUUCAGUGGUUGUCAUCCAAGGCAUUAUUUUGGGACACAGCAGUCAUCAGCUUGGCGUCCAAAAACUGGCUGGUCACCUUUGUUGUCCUGUGUUGCGGCAUGUGGAUGUGCACGCAGCCGUGGUGUACGCGUCAGUGGAACAGCACAUGGAGACAAGAUUUUCCAGUUGCCGCAGAGUCCAAAAGAUGACAAGAUCUCGCACAUGAAAAUUGCAGUCGUCGAAUUGGAAGGGAAGGGAUGCGGCAUCGUGGCAACGGCAGAAAUAUCCCGUGGGGAGGCGAUUCUCCGCGAGAGACCAUUGUUAAGCUUGCCAAAUUCAUUCCAAUGCGAUGUCCACGCCUUGUUGAAUGGGACAAGUCUCCAGCAGCUGGAUGAUGAUUUAAACAUGGCUUUGACACACUGCACGGAUGCCAAUCAGGCUCGCUUUUGGCAGUUGUCGGAUUGUCAUGCAGAUGAUGCCAGCCCUAAAACGGCGGCAGGGAUUGCAUUGACAAAUGCGCUGCAAUUAGGUGCAGGAGGUGGUCUCCUGGUGACAUCCGCCCGCUUUAACCAUAGCUGCAGGCCAAAUGUGCAAGGGCACUGGGACAAGAUGGAAAACGGCGGCAUGGCAGUGUGGCAUGCUUUGCGUGACAUUGCAGUUGGCGAAGAACUUUGUUUUUCUUAUGUCGACCCUUACGACAGCAAUGUGGAGCGCCAUUCCACGUUGCACCAGCUCUUCAAAUUUCAGUGCAGGUGCCCAGUCUGUCUGCUGCAGGGUGAGGCAAGGGUGACCAGCAAUCAGAAUCGUCAACAGCUGCGGGAUUUGAAAGAGGCCUUGGAGUUAUCGGCCAUGGUGGCAGAUGACACAGCUGAGAUGGCCCGGGCACUCGUUCCUCAGAUGUUGGAAGCCUGGCCUUAUUGGUGA